CCAGUGCUCACAGCUCAGCCAUGGCUCCACUCCCUCUAACCAGAAUCCUGCCUCCCAGCUUCCUAGCACAUCUACUGCUAUUCUCCCUAAUAUCACUUUCUGUGUGUGUGGAGUUCACAGAGGAAACGGGCAAACUGGGCAAGAUCAACCUGCUUCAGAGAGGGGGCAACCAGUGGGCUAUUGGACAUUUCAUGGGUAAGAAGAGCCUACAGGACUCAUACAGUUUGAGUGACCAAGGAUUAGAAGAGUCGGCCAUCUUUCCUCCACGCAACGUAGAUAAUAUGAGAACGGCCCUACUGCAAGAUCAGCGCAGAGCACAAUCAUCCAGCCAACUGCAAGGCCCACAGCGAAUAUUAAGGAAAAUCCUGGAGCAGUAUUUUAAAACUUACCAGAAGUAGUGAAGAUAUCGACCCUCCUGUACAUACAAAAAUAAUAUAUAUAUAUAUUUGUGGCUGAGAUACAGGACUUAUUUCAGACAUCCCAAAGGCUAUUGUUUACAAAUGAAAUCAUUAAAAAAAAAAAAACCUAAUGAAAUGGAAGUGUUUCCACUCAUAUUUUUAAUGUAAGAUUCUUUUUUUAAUGUUAAUGUAAUAACUAUCAUCUCAAGAGUAUGUACGGAAUAUUUUUCUGCCAUUUUAUGGAGUGUUCUACACAAACCUGUGAAUAAACGACAUUCUUUGCA